CUCAUCAUUAGAGUGCAAGCUCUGAUAGCCUGGCAGCAGCAUCUGCAGCACAGGAGACGUCAGCGACAUAGAGAAGCAGUGAACCAUUUCACAAAUAGCCAACUUCUCUGCCCCUCACAAAGGCUACCAGCCAGUAUUCUAUGCAUCCAAUGGACCCAAAGCAAAAAAAAGAACAAAGGUUGGAUUUUAGCCUGCCCCAGGUCAGCCAAAACAAUGUGACACCAGCUACCUACAACCCCAAGCAAGAGAACAAGAACCGCCCAGCAUCCUUUUCCAACUUACAGAAGAAGCAGCUCAGUCAUAAUCUAGAGGACAAAAAAGCCUUUAAAAAGGAGAUCAAGGCCUUCUGGGGGGAAAACAAAGAUUUCCAUGAGGAGAUUAAGGCCUUUCAGGAAGGGGACAGAGCCAGAGCCUUAUGGAAGGAGAUCAAGGACUUCCGUGGGAAGAAUCAGUCUUUCAUAGAGGAGAUCAAGGUCUUCUUGGAGGAAGAUAAGGCCAUCUUGGAGCAGAUCAAGGACUUCCAGCUUAAAAAUAAGGGUUUCCAGGAGCAGGUCAGUGACAUUCAAGAGAAAAUUGAAGCCUACCAGGAGAAAAUCAAGGGAGCCGAGGAAGAGAUCAAAGCUUUUGAGGAAAGGAACGAGGCCUGCCGGGAGGCAAUUAGAGCCUUCCAGAGAAAAAACAAGGAGUUCCAGGAAAGGAACAAAGCCAUGCGCGAGAGGAACAAAGCUCUGCAAGGAAAGAAUGAAACUUUCCAGGAGAAGAACAAGGCUUUCUGGAAGGAAUACAAGGCUUUCUGGAAGAAGGACAAGGUCUUCUGGGAGGAGGACAUGGCUAUCUCAAGGGACAAAAUGAUCCUCUGGGAACAGUAUAUGGCUUUCAGAGAGAAUGACCAGGACCUACAAGAGGAAAAAGGAGCACUCUGGGACAUGAUAGAAGUCUUGUGGGAUGAAAAAUAUACCCUCUGGAAAAAGAUAUACAGCCCUCCUGGAGAGGAACAACUAGUUGAAGCUGUAGAAAAUGCUGAUGGUGAUCAUGGUCCAAAUAUACAUACUAUAACAAAAGGAUCUGAGGGAGUCUAG